CUUUCAGACAACCCUGUGUCACAAAUUGAGAGGAAAAGAUAAAGAUCUAGAAAACGAUGCUUCAACGUCGCAACUUCACUCAAACUGAUUGAUAUUCUCUCACCUGAACUUGAAGGAAUUCUCGAGAAGCUUCAAUAUUUUAUCCCUAAAGUACAAUUUCCAUUUGCUCAAUACUAUAAAAUGUCAGUGAAACUGUGGAUUUGGUGGUCGAUUUUUGGAUUUUGGAUCUCAUCUUGUACCGGUUUUUUAUGGACACUUUUUGGAGGAAAUCACUGUAACUGCUGUCGUUGUCCCGCAGCUCCACGUCCUCCUCAAUACCAACAACAUUUCUUAACCGCGCCAACUCUAAUUCCCCAUUAUCAAAGUUCAUAUGCAAUUUCAUAUUCUCCACCGAGUCCUCCCAGUUAUCCAAUUUCAAAUCAAGAUUCAUAUGUUCAACCACCAGGAUAUACAGUACCCCAAUUACCAACUACUCCAAAAUAUCCAGGACCCCCUUCAGCUGCUCCUGUACACAGAGAUCAAUUGUAUACGGAAGAAAGAAAAUAUUCAACGAAUCAAGUAGCUUAUCAUUCAGAGUCCCGACGAGUAACAAUUGAUGAAUAUGGAGGCCAGGCAUUGGAUCAAUUGGAGGAUGAACUGGCAGCUGAAAAGUACAAGUACAACAAGCAGAAAAUUCGUGAAAAAGAGGAAAAAGAGAGAAAAGAGAAGCAGAAACAAGGGCGAAUCCGCGUUUUCAAAAUAAAACCACACAAGUCACCGAAAGUCAGCAAUGGAAUGGUUGAAUGGCAGUCUUCGCAGGUCGCUAAAUACACAAACGAAAAAGCCGUGCAAAAGUUCAUAGAAGCCACAUCAGAAUCAAAUGAUUUGAAUGAAAAUGAGAGUUUGGAGGAAUUUAUUCCAAUUGAAAUUGGAAAUGAGCCCGAGUUUGCAGAUGAGGAACCGGCUGGGCCACCGCCAAAUGUUAGAAAUCGGCUUUCCCAUGACCCAGUGCUUGUUAACAAUAUCAAACGAAGGAGAUUCAUUUAUUGAAGUUUUUGCAAUAUUCUCUAGAAUUUAUCGAACUUCCUAUGUUUUAUCUUGAUAAUUACGGUUCUAAUUAACACACUUCAUUGAUUGGUUUUACGUGUAAUAUAUUUUAUUUUUUUACUGUUUCAUAAAGAUUGUUAAACGUCAACUGAGAAAGGAAAGUAUUCAAUAUCUCAGUAGGGAAUCAUAAUUUAUUUUAUGCAUUUUUCAGUUUAGCAGCAAGCGUGGAUAAAUUGAAAACUCGAA